UUGUCCCUCUGCUGUGGUCUCUCUGUUGUUAAUGAAGACGUAUUAAUGACAUCAUCGAUAAAGAGAAUAAAACAGCGGCUUGGUGCUGAGAAACGCCCCCUGUCAGUGUUUCCUGUCCAGCAGGGAGGAGACUCUCUGCGCCUCCUUCAGCAGAGUAACGGAUCUGAGAGCUGUCGGUGGUUCCUGUGUCGGUGGUCCGGUGAGGAUCAGCUGUAACGGGACUGUUUAAAGAUGCUGAUGUUUCUGCUCCUCGCUUUCGUUUCCCAGCAUGCCUCAGGGGUGGAAGUAGAGCAGGGGGUUGAGUCUGUCCUGCUGCCCUGUCAGGUACCAGUUAAUGUUUCCAUGAGCUCCACAGCAGCAGUGUGGGACCAAGAGGAACUGACGAAGCCAAUGGUUCACGGACGUGUGAAGAGUGGUGAUGAUCUUUCUCUUCAAAAUGAUCGUUACACCAACCGAACAUCAAUGAGAGCCGACGCUCUGCAGACCGGAGACCUCAGCCUUACUCUGAGGAACCCCACAGUCUCUGACAGUGGAACCUACACCUGCACCGCCCGCAAGCAAGGACAAGAGCUGAGCCGGACUGAAGUACAGCUGAAGGUCACAGAAGCUCCUCCAGUCUGGCCCAAAGUCCUCUCAGGUGUCCUGGGUACUCUUCUUCUCCUGACUCUUCUCUGUGGUCUCUGUGUGUAUUUUGAACAUAAAAGGAUGAAGCAGAGUGAAGUUCCUCAAAGCGAGUUUGUGGAGGUGACACAGGGGGUGAAGUCUGUCCUGCUGCCCUUUAAAACUACACCUGACCUUUCUGAGGACGUCACAGUGGAGUGGACUCGCACUCAACCCAAACUCAUGACAGUCCACGUGUAUGAGAGUGGAAACAAUCAGCCACAUAAACAAGACCAGGGCUACAGAGGUCGCACAGAGAUGAAGGAAGAUCCACUGAGAACUGGAGACUUCAGUCUGACCCUGAAAGACUUCUACCUCACUGACAGUGGACGCUACACCUGCACCGUCUACAACAAGGAUGGAAACGUGCUGCUACAGAAAUCAGUGACUCUCGCUGUCAGAGUUCCUCCUCCAGAGUGGGUGGAGGUGUUGGUAGUGACCGAAGGAGAGGAGUCUGCCCUGCUGCCCUUUAAGACCACACCUGACCUUCCUCAGGACGUCACAGUGGAGUGGACUCUCACUGAACCCAAACCCAUGAAGGUCCACGUGUAUGAGAGUGGAAACAAUCAGCCAGAUAAACAGGACCAGGAUUACAGAGGUCGUACAGAGAUGGAUGAAGAUCCACUGAACACUAAAGACCUCAGUCUGACUCUGAAAGACCUCCACCUCACUGACAGUGGAGUCUACACCUGCACCGUCUACAACAAGGAUGGACUCAUGCUGCUACAGAAAUCAGUGACUCUCAAUGUCAGAGUUCCUCAGACAAAGAUGUUGGAGGUAACACAGGGUGAAAGGUCUGUCCUGCUGCCCUUUAAGACGACACCUGGCCUUCCUCAGGACGUCACAGUGGAGUGGGCUCUCACUCAACCCAAAUCCAUGAAGGUUCACGUGUAUGAGAGUGGAAACAAUCAGCCAGAAAAACAAGACCAGGAUUACAGAGGUCGCACAGAGAUGAACGAAGAUCGAGUGAAAAAUAAAGACCUCAGCCUGACCCUGAAAAACCUCCGCUUUACUGACCGUGGAGUCUACACCUGCACCGUCUACAAUAAGGAUGGACACAUGCUGCUACACAAGUCACUGAUACUCAGUGUCAGAGUUUCUCAGACGGAGAUGGUUGAGGUGACACAAGGGGAGACAUCUGUCCUUCUACCCUUUACAACCACACCUGACCUUCCUGAGGACGUCACAGUGGAGUGGACUCUCACUGAACCACAACAAAUGAAGGUCCACGUGUAUGAGAGUGGAAACAAUCAGCCAGAUAAACAGGACCAGGAUUACAGAGGUCGCACAGAGAUGAACAAAGAUCCACUGACAGCUAAAGACCUCAGUCUGACCCUGAAAGACCUCUGCCUCACUGACUGUGGAGUCUACACCUGCACCGUCUACAACAAGGAUGGACUCAUGCUGCUACAGAAAUCAGUGAUACUCAGUGUCAGAGAUGUUGGGAUGCAGAUGGUGGUUACACAAGGGCUAAAGUUUGUAAUGCUGCCCUUCAAAAUACCACGUGACCUUCCUCAGGGCACCACAGUGGAGUGGAGACACAACAGUGUGAAAGUCUACAAGUGCAAGUUGAUAGUUAUAAGUUGUUGCACAGAGCACCAGCCUCGCAGAGAUCGUGCAGAGAUGGAUGGAUAUCCACUGACAACUGGAGACUUCAGUCUGACCCUUAGAGACCCCCACCUCACUGACAGUGGAGUCUACACCUGCACCGUCAACAACACAUACAGAGACAUCCUGCUACAGAAAGUGGUGACUCUCAGUGUCAGAGAUAACGAAGUGGGCGUGUUGGAGGUGACACAAGGGGAGAGGUCUGUGCUGCUGCCCUUUCAAACCACAGCUGACCUUCGUCAGGGCGUCAGAGUGGAGUGGACACGCUCAGACUCCAAACACACCAAAGUCUGCGUGUUUCAGAAAAGCCAAAGUCAGGCAGACAAACAGCACCAGGGUUACAGAGGUCGCGCAGAGAUGGAUGAAGAUGCACUGAGAACUGGAGACCUCAGUCUGACCCUGAAAGACCUCCGCCUCACUGACAGUGGAGUCUACACCUGCACCGUCUACAACAAGGAUGGACACAUGCUGCUACAGAGAGUAGUGACUCUCAGUGUCAGAGCAACCUUAAAGGGAGCCAUGGCAGACAUGCUGGCACGUCUCAGGAGGAGGAGGAGGGCACCAAAAUCUGAGAUUAAAGUGGAAAAGAGGAACAGGAACCAAGAACAGGAACGUCUGACUGCUGAAGAAACAGUCUGAGGAGGAGGAGGAGCUGGUGAUGAAGAGCAGCCUGUGUGUAUAUACAGUAUCUCUUGUGUAUUCAGCCCUGAGGAAGAUGAAGAUGCAGCUUUGCUUUGGCCUUCCUCUGCUAACAGCUAACAGCUAACUAACCUCAGCCAGAUGUUCUGCAGCUGUUUGUCUAACAUUAGAAGUUUAUAAUGAUGAUGACCCCGAGCGUGUUUCUGCUGUUCUGAUGGAGUGAAAAUGCUUCAUUUGAGUCAAAGGUCAAAGCUGCUGACUGUCAGGAAGCAUCAGAGCUUCAGAGAAGAUCAGACAAACAUCAUGACACACCCCCUCUGACCCACGGGUCCUUCCUGCUCCAAUCUGAGCAGGAAGGACCUGUUAGAUAAACGUGGACUAACUCUGAGUGCAGAGCUGGUUUGGAGCUGUGGAGACUUACUGAGGAGUAAAGUGGACAUGAAUGAGUCACAGAGGGAGGAGGAGGUGAACAGUGACGUCUGUUAGACAUGAUCAGACUGAAGAGUGAACAUAAGAAGAGUUUAAUGCUGGAUUUGAACAGAACAGGAAGAUAAGCUCCGCCCAGCAGCUGAGUCCUCUCUGCUCACACUGGUGUUGGACUGCAGACCUCAGCUGCAGAGAUUUACAUAAAUGAGCUUUUAUGAGUUAUUAUAUUAUCUGAUCAGGCCGUUUGCUCCUGUUAAAGAUAAAUGUGCAUCGAACUUUGUGGAUAUUCAUGAGUCUAACAGUUUAAACCUGUGUGUGACUUUGUGUCCUUGAACGGCCCUGACAGACUGCUGUAGUCCAUAAUAUUCAUUUUUCCUGCUGACUAAAAUAAGCAGCUGAGCUCUGUGAGGGGAGAGCUGCUGCUAACAGGUGAGUCUGUUACCUGGACUGAGUGAGCUGCUGUGUCACAGCUUUAUCAGUGACACACUCAGCGUGUGUGUGUGUGUGAGUGAGAGAGAGAUAUGUCAUAGUGCUUGGUGC